AUGAUCAUGAGAAAAGUCUACAGAAUACUUAUGAGUUGUGGUUAUACUCUUAUUGAAUCUGGUGGUGUAAGAAGUCAAAAUGCUGGACAUAGUUUAUUUAAAACACUUUUAAUAUUAAUAACAACGGCAUUAGCCUAUUGGAUAUUUGGUUAUGCUUUUGCAUUCGGUCAAAAUGCCAAUGUUAUUUUGGGUUACCAAUUUUGGGCUAGUGAAAGAUUUGGUGAUAGAGAUUUAAGACCGGGUGUUGAGAAUUAUACAAAUAGUAAUCCUGUGUAUAAUUUAAAUAAUCAAGAUCCGUACAUUCAUUAUUUCUAUCAUUAUAUGUUGGCAUUUUUGGUCACAAAUAUUGCUGCAAGUGCAUUCGCUGAAAGAUGUCGAGUUCCAGUUUAUGUUCUAUUUUCAUUUGUUAUGGCUGGAUUUGUCUAUCCAUUUUUGUCUCAUUGGAUGUGGGGAAAAUAUGGUUGGCUAGGAAAUACAAUUGGUGCACGAGACUAUGGCGGAAGUGCAAUUGUAUUUUUAACGGCUGGUAUUGCAGCAUUGAUUGGAACAGCAUUUCUUGGUCCGAGAUUUGGUCGUUUUGAACCAAGAUCAUUGCCACUGUUUGGUCAUAGUAUACCGAUCACAUCUGUUGGAGCUAUACUUGUUGCAUUUGGAUUUUUUGUCUUGAAUUCUGGAGCCGAUCAUCGAAUAACUGGUAAUGCAUUUGGUGAUCGCGUUGGACAUGGUUUAAUAAAUACGUUAUUAUCGGGAGCAACAUCGGGCGCAGUAUAUUAUAUUUUACAACGUCUAAUUGAAAAAAUAAGAAAACCAGCGCGACAUUUGAAACGACGAGUAUUUUUAUCAACGGUAAAUUCAAUCUUGGCUGGAAUGGUAGCAGUGGCUGGUGGCGCAGUUACAUACAAUCCGUGGUCAAGUGUUAUUAUUGGAUUGAUUGCUGCAUUCAGUUUUCUAAUAUGGAGUAAAUUAUUGACAAGAUUACAUAUUGAUGAUCCUGUUGAAACAGCUGCUGUUCAUAUUGGUGGUGGUUUGUGGGGAAUAUUUGCUGUGCCAAUAUUUCGACGAUCAGUAGAAUUUUUACCUGAUGGUUCAUGGAGACCAUCUGAUGGUACUACACGAUUUUGGUCAAUAAUUUAUAAUAUCACACAAGGUGAAAGUUGGAGAGGUUUAUUGAAUGCACUUUGCACCGCCGCAGUUGUGAUAGCUUGGGUUGCAAUAUUUAUUGCUCUAUUAUUUCUCAUUCUGAAAUUAAUUAAUUUAUUAAAAGUAUCACGAGAAGAAGAAUUAAGAGGUAUCGAUUUAUUUCAACAUGGUGAACCAGCCUAUGCAUUAAGAAUAUAUUGUGCCGCCUGUGGAGAGCAACUUCAAGCCAAGACCAUUGAAACUGAAACGGGGAUGGGUGUUGCACAACGAGGAAAUUUUCCAGCAAUUGUAACUGAUGCCGAAGGAGCAAUCGUCCCUAUCGAAUACUUCACUGAUAAUCGAAAUGGUGGUGGAAAACCUAUUAAAAUUGGUGGUAUAAAUGAUGAAAAUCGUGUUUAA